CCCCACCCCCAGCUACCAGACCCAACCCUCUCCUUUGGACGUGCUCGCUCUCCGGUGCCCUUCCUGUUUAUACCCUGAUUAGAUCAGAGAGAAAACAGCUUCGCACAGAAGCGGAUUCAAACGGAGUGAGAGCGAGCGAGCGAGGGGGAGGAAAAAAAAGGAUUGAGAAGUCUUUACACGCGUCUGGAAAGACUGAAUUGCGUCUCGGAAAAAAAAAAAAAAAAAACGAGAGGAGGGAACAAAAAGCCUUGUAAAAUGAAUCCGUCGUGCGCUAGAUGUAAAAAAAUCGUCUAUCCGACCGAAAAAGUCAACUGCCUAGACAAGUUCUGGCAUAAAGCAUGCUUCCAAUGUGAAACCUGCAAAAUGACUUUAAACAUGAAGAAUUACAAAGGAUACGAUAAGAAGCCUUACUGCAAUGCGCACUACCCCAAGUCUUCCUUCACUGCCGUGGCCGAUACCCCUGAAAACCUGCGCCUGAAGAAACAAAGCAAGUUGCAGAGUCAAGUCCAAUACAAAGAAGAAUUCGAAAAGAACAAAGGAAAAGGCUUCAGCGCAGUGGCCAAUACCCCUGAGUUGGAACGCAUCAAGAAAAACCAGGAAAUUGUCAGCAACAUCAAAUAUCAUGAAGAGUUUGAGAGGAGCAAAGGGUGCUCUGCUGCAAGCGCUGAGCGGAGGAACUCGAACGAUGCCCAUGAGUACAGGACACAGCCUGAGAGAAAUCUAGUGUACCAGCCACAGGCCCCCGCACACCAGGAGCCACCAACCCCGGUGUUCAACCCACCAGUCGCAGCUCCACUCUCCCCUCCUCCUUCAACCGGGAAGCGAUACAGGGCCGUUUAUGACUACUCAGCGGCCGACGUGGAUGAGAUUUCAUUCCAAGAUGGCGACCUGAUCGUGGAUGUGCAGCAGAUUGAUGAAGGGUGGAUGUACGGCACGGUGGAGAGGACUGGCGAUACCGGCAUGCUCCCAGCUAACUAUGUGGAGGCGGUGUAAGGCGCGGACUGACGCCUGCUUAUGCUUUGAUCAUCUGUAUUAUAAAAACAAAAAGAAAUCACAGUACGAACCCCAAUGGUAUCUUGACCACAAAUCUAUGUUUAAAAUUAAUAGUGAUUCCAAUUGCAUAAUAUAGCUUCUUUCCAUUUGUUUAUUUUCAUGUUACUGGAAUAUAGUCAAGAUUUUCUUUGGCUUAACUAGAUUGGAGAAGUCGAUUAUUCUUCCAAGCCGUUUACUGCUCUUCCCAGCCCUCUCCAAUUCGCCGAGCAUCCUGACCACUGGAGAUGGCAUUCUUGGCCCUGCCACCGGAGAUAGAUAUGUCCAGUUAAGCCUCAUUCGGUCGGGAAUGUGCUGGCUUCAAUGUCAGAGCACUUUCAUUUCCUUGCAAGAUUGCUGAAAUUAAUCUAAGUUCUGUAGAGGCAAAACGUUGGUGCCUUGAUGAAUUGGGCACCAAAUUCUCUUUGGUUCCCUGUCACUAAAGAGAGAUCCAUUGUACGCCCAAUAUCUCCAAGGACAUUUUGAUUCCUCUCAUUCCAUGCUUGGGAUGUGUUUCCCUAGUGAGUGCACAAAUAUUAUUAGACUCCGGCAGGAAUGGGACCAAAUCGUUCAGGAAAGUCUGUCUCCAGUUCUCGUAGAACCAGGAACCUCCAGAUACUGUCGCCUUUAUAUAAUCUAAUUGUUCUCUGCUCCUGUCACUUUUUAAACAAAUAAUGUAAUGUGAGGGAACGCAGGUCAGUGCAGAGAGGCUACUGUGAUCAUCUUUGAUUCAUCAGUAGCAUUGGCUUUGGUUUGUUUUGGAGCUUGCCACAGAACAGCCCAGCCGUUCAUUAGGACCACGGUGGUGGAUCGGUACAUCCGCUGAGCUGCGGCAUCAGUCCUAAUAACAUCCUAAUAACAUCCAUUGGUGCCCCAGCUUACGCGUGUCGGAAAGGCAAGACGUCCUUCCACGGGAGAACGUGUUGGCUGCACGAGUCCUGGUGAGGAAUGGGUGUGGAAGAACGUUACUUCUGUGCCGUGCGUUACGUCAUCGGUGAUAGGAGCAGAAUUAGGCCGUUCGGCCCACCAAGUGCACUCCGCCAUUCAAUCAUGGCUGAUCUAUCUCUCCCUCCGAACCCCAUUCUCCUGCCUUCUCCCCGUAACCCCUGAUGCCCGCACAGUUGGAGUGGGGAAUCAUGCUUUUGAUGCCCUAUAGAUGUCAGGUCUCAUAAUUAUAAGAUUCGCAUUCCAGUCAAAACCAGUGCAAAGGGAAGAGUAUUUAAUCAGAUCGAGUACAGGGAAGCAGUUUGUGUUUGUCUCCCCCUUUUUCCCUUCAGGUUCAAACUGCGUCACAGCUUAAUUCAAUUCAAUGACAUCUGCGUAUGUUAACCCCGCCCGUAGCAUUGAAAUGAAACUGGCAAAGUCUUAAAUUAACAGCACUGCUUAAUUUGAUGAGCAGCUGGAAACAAAGUGAUUUUUUUUAUUGGGAUUAUUCUGCAGGGCUCCCUAGACUCUUGAGUGUGUCCAUCCCAUAAUGUGCAAGGUGAUGCUGAAAAAAGUUUCAGAAGGAACUUUUUCCCAUUUCCAUAAAGUUGUGAGAACAAUGGCAAGCUCUCCAGGCAAUGAGUGGCCGUUAGGACCUGGCCUGGGAUCUUUGUACAAACCUCCUCUCUUUGGGCAAAACUCUCCCCAGGUAACUCUGCCAAUGGGAGUGAACAUUUAGAUUUGUAAAUAACCAGGCCAGUGAUCAUUUAGAAGUUUGGGCUGUGUGUUCUGUGGACCAACAAACACUUUUCUUAAACGUCAAGAAGUCAUUGAUCUGAACAAUGGCUGAAGUGACUGGGAACUAUACAAAUGAACUGAAACAUUCCGAAGAGUUACUGGCACAAUGCUGGGUUGAACAUAUUAAAUCGUUCAGCAUUUACUCUGCACCAGUGCAUCAUGUCUCUCCUGUUUUAUAAAAAACAUAAGACUUGGUUUACUUUGAAACAUUCUUAGAAUAUUAAGGUAGAAAGUGAUGUGUUUUUUUCCCUCCCAGUUUUAAGAUAAAAUAAGCAUGAAAAGAUUGUCCUUUAGUUAAUGAAUUAGUAAAUUAGAACAGACUUUAUUCUUAACAAAAGACAGUGAGCGCUGAAGUAACUCAACAUAACCUGAACUAAAGACACAGAGUACUGGAGUGACCCAGCGGGUCAGGCAGCAUCUGUGGAGAACAUGGAUAGGCGACGUUUCACAGAGUGCUGGAGUAACUCAGCGGGUCAGGAAGCAUCUCUGGAGAACAUGGAUAGGUGACGUUUUGGGUCGGGAUUCUUUGUCAGACCCGUUCUGAAGAAGGGCCCCGACCCAAAACAACGCCUAUCCAUGUCCUCCAGAGAUACUGCGUAACCCGCUGAGUUACUCCGGUACUUUUUGUCUUUUUUUUGUGGUAAACCAGCAUCUGCAGUUCCUUAUGUCCAGACUUUAUUCACCUGGCCUCAAAUCUGUUUGCAGUGAUCGGGUUAUUGGAGUGCGAUCACAUAAUGUCCAUCUCUCUGGGAAAGCCAAUUCACUUUUCUUGUGAAAUUGCCACGACCUUAUCAACUAUCUAAGCUGGUAAAAAUUCAGGUACCAAUAGUAGUGGACCAAGGGCGAUUUGUAUAUAAGCACAAGGUGCAGACACUGUGUGCCAAUAUUAAUGACUCUACCUACAUUCCAUGGAAUUUGUACGUUUACUACUUACUGGCUGGCUGAUUUGAAACCCGCAAUUAUAAUCGCUGAUUCAUUGGUAGAAUUUUUUUUAAUUUUGUUGAAUUUACGCUUUAUCAAGUUCGGCUUGGCUUUGCUAAGAAUGAUAUUGAGUUUCCUUUGUACCCUGCGAGAUGUUUGCAUCUACACUUGGCUUUGGGUGCCUGGGUUCUUCAUUUAAGAGAUGCAACGCUCCACAAAGGGCGCGAUUGUGUCUUAGAUGCAUUUCCGUUUGAACGUGCUGCUGCGUUGGGCCAAAUGAACCUUGCAGGAGGGAGAUUUUACUGGAAGUCCUCUGGAUCAUCCUCUAGCUGAGAGACCGGGACAUUUCCCUCAGCUCACGUGCCCUUGCUCCUACUUGCAAAACCACCCUAAUCAUUGCGUCUUGCGUCUAGCCGACUCCCCCAGUGAAGGGGAAGGCAUGAGUUGGUCUCCUCAAGUUACUUGGAUUGAGAGAUUGCCAUUGAUACAUAUGGCCUUCUGCAUAACCCAUAGUAUGUCUCAAAGGCAGUUUUCGCUAAGUUUGGAAAGUAAGAAUGGGAGAGAAAUGUGCCAUUUACGUAAAAUAUUGCACAUCUGUGAAUCAAAUGAAACAUGUCUUGGGCGCUUCUGAAUUCUUCAUUACCAUGCUUGCAAUUUUUUGGGAAAAUAUGUAUUUUUUGGCAUGAUCCUUACAUUAGAAAUUGUCAAUAAAGUGAAAGAUGGGAACCAGC